AUGAAGCUCUCCGCCGUCAUCCUUUUCGCUGCAUGCAGCCCCCUCUCUGCGCAGGUGUAUGCUGCGCAUUCGGCGUACUGCACGGACAACCGAGACGGCACGGGCGCUCCGACGUACCAGAUCACCAAGGAUUGCUGCGCCGCCACGCGCGAGCAUUCCACCACGAGCUUCUGGGAAAACGACUCGAUCUGUCGAGACGCUGCUGGACUAGGCAAUGGUAUCAACCUCGGUCGCUUCGUCAAAUGCUGUGGCGAUCGCGGUGCCGGCAGCCACAGCUCGGGUUGA